UUUACUUUUUUCCCGGUCUACAAUUUGAUUCUUAAAUAAUAUGUAUUUGUAUUUUUACAGGGAAAUAGUACAAUUAUAAUCUUGAAAAUUUGGAUCAUGAUUUCCUUUCAAUUUUAGAAUUGUUUCAGAAGCCACAAAAGCAGAAAUGCGAGGAAGAAUUCUGUGCUUUCUUGUUAUAUAAAAUCGUUUGUUUUUCAGAAUUGUCCGAGAAAAUUAAAUAGCUAUGGCAGUUUCUAAAAGUCUAGCUUUGAAAUGUAAAGAUUUGCAUGAAUAUUUGAAGACCUUAUCUGCUGCAACUCUUGAAAAGUUAUACAAUCAUCCUGCAACUUGCUUGGCUGUAUUUAGAGAGCUUCCAACUUUAUCAAAGCAUUAUGUUACCCGCCUUUUGUUCGUGGAGCAACCAGUGCCUCAAGCAGUAAUUGGAUCUUGGUUAGGGCAGCAAUUCGUAAAGCAACAUUUAGAUGCUGUUGAAGCAUUAUGUGAGCUUCAUAUUUACAUGGAAUAUCCUGUUCCUGGUGGUCUACCUGGCUGGAUUCUAAAUCCUAUCUUUAGAAAAAAUUUGAAAAUUGCUUUACUUGGAGGUGGUAAACAGUGGGAAGUUUGUGCUACAUUGGAAAAAGAUAAACAUGCCAGAGAUGUGAAAUUUUUGGAUUCAUAUGCGAUGGAACGCUGGGAAGCUCUCUUGCAUUUUAUGGUUGGUUCUCAGCAGUCAGAAAAUACAGUAAGCAAUGAUGCCAUAAAUGUUUUGCUUCAUUCAGGAUUGAUGCGAAAAGAAAAUAAUUCUAACACUAUAACAACUGAAGGUUUCCAGUUCCUUUUGAUGACUACAGCUUCCCAAGUGUGGCACUUCAUGCUUCAGUAUCUUGAUACAGUUGAGGAAAGGGGCUUAAAUCUUGUUGAUUGUCUUACAUUUCUUUUUCAACUGAGUUUCCUCUCAUUGGGAAAAGAUUAUAGCACAGGCGAAAUGGGAGAAUCAAUGUUAAUGUUUCUCCAGCAUUUGCGAGAACUUGGUAUUGUGUACCAAAGAAAACGCCGAUCUGGACGUUUCUACCCCACUCGGCUUGCAAUUAAUUUAGCUUCUGGUUUGAAAGAAGUAAAUUUGGAUGUUAAUAAAACUGGCUACAUAGUUGUGGAAACAAAUUACAGAGUCUAUGCUUACACUGAUUCACCUCUGCAAAUUGCAUUGAUUGCUUUAUUUUGUGAAAUGAUGUACAGGUUUCCAAACUUUUCUGUUGCUGUUUUUACACGCGAAAGUGUAAGAGAAGCUCUUCGCUGCGGCAUUACUGCAGAUCAGAUAAUAAAAUUCUUACAGAUGCACGCACAUCCAGAAAUGUUAAAGCAGAAACCUAUUCUUCCUCCUACUGUUGUUGAUCAGAUACGUUUGUGGGAAAUGGAGCGUGAUCGUUUCAAAUUCACAGAAGGUGUUUUGUACAGCCAGUUUUUGUCUCAAAGUGAUUUUGAACUUCUUUGUAACUAUGCCCAGGAUGUAGGUGUAUUAAUAUUCAGCAAUCCUUCAAGACGUGUGAUGCUUGUUAGCAAAAUUGGCCACGAUGAUGUUAAAAGGUUUUGGAAGAGGCAUCGACAAGAGCAUUGAUUCAUUGAAGCUUAUAAAGCCCUUUGACAUCAUUGAAUGUAAAUGACAUUUGUAUUAUAGUAAAUCUCUCGACCUCUUCAGAAUCAUGCAUAUAACUUAUGCUCUAUUUUUAUAUUUGUAAAGAAAAAGAACCACUUGUAAAAUGUUAGAGCUUCCAGUUCUGUACAUAUAAAUAUUCAUAAAAAUAAAUCAU